UUUGGUAAUCAUGACGACAUUGGUUUCUUAAAACGACACAGUUUUCGAUUCCUCUCCUCUUUUACAUUUUCCUCAGCGCCAUUGAUCCGUUCGAUCUCUCGAAACUCAGAUGAUACGGUGAAGAUGAAGAUUGAUCUGAAUAAGGUUGCUCGUAAGAUCGAGGUGGAUAAUCGUAUUCCUCUCCGUAAUUACUACCGCAUCGCCGAUAAUCUCCUCCGACAGGCCAGCAUAUAUCGCGAUGAGAAGAAUGUUGUGGAUUUGUAUAUCAUGCUUCUUAGAUAUUCAAGUUUGAUUUCUGAAACAAUUCCAUUCCAUCGAGAUUACCAGGCAUGGCUUCCACAAGAAAGACUUGGGAGUAGGAAGAGGUUGCGUGCUGUAAUCAAUGAGCUCGAGUCUCUGAAACCGGAAUUUAACCGGCUAGUGGAUAAGCUAAACAGAACUGAGGAGGAAUCUCACAGGGUUGGAAAUGAUCUCCCGAUUGUAUCAUAUAGUUCAGAUGCUGUUGAAUGGCCUCCUUCCCACAAAGCUUCAUCAUACUCCAGUCCUGAUAUGAACAAGGCAGCCUUGCCGACAUCUCAACCAUCCUGGACGUAUAACAGUAAUCUAACUUCAUCUUCAAAUCGUACACAGAUUGAUCAGCAAUUCCAGAAGCUAUCAUUUGAUUUUCUGCCUCCAAACCAAGCAACCUUGUCUAGACAUUCAUUUCUAGGUCCAAAUGGUCUUAAAAGUCAGUGGGUUGCUCCCAAGUCGGAGAUAAAGGUACAAUAUCCGAGUAAUACCGACUGGGGUUCUGCUGAAAAUUCAGGUUUGAUUGACACUGGACUGAGCGGUUCCGCAGCAUCACUUAAUGGUGAUUCUCAAGAGAUUGCCACGCUGAACUCUGUACUCUCCUUAGAUGAUGGUCGAUGGCAGCGUCAUUCUGAGGCAGUAAAUUCCCAGUUUAUUAGUGACGCAACUGAAGACCCCUUUCAGUUUGUUGGUAUGAAGCAACCUUCCCCUCCUCCAAGCAAAAGACGGCAGUAAUGCUUAUCAGCAUUUGCAUGUUCCGGUGCGCAUAAUGGAUGAUUUCCUAAGGCUAGCUCGGUCAAACACAGAAAGGAAUUUAGAAACUUGUGGAGUACUUGCUGGCUCUCUGAAAAACAGGGUUUUUCAUAUCACUACUCUCAUAAUCCCAAAGCAGGAGUCUACCUCAGAUUCUUGCCAAACACUAAACGAAGAAGAAAUAUUCGAAGUACAGGACAGGCUCUCUCUAUUUCCCUUGGGUUGGAUUCAUACACACCCUACACAAACUUGCUUCAUGUCAUCAGUUGAUCUCCACACACAGUACUCGUAUCAGAUAAUGCUACCGGAGGCAGUUGCAAUUGUCAUGGCACCAACAGACGAAUCAACACCUCACGGAAUAUUCCAUCUCUCAGAUCCAUCAGGCGUAUCAGUGAUACGUAACUGCCAACAACGAGGCUUCCACCCGCACGAAGAAUCAGAAGACGGUAACCCAAUCUACGAACAUUGCUCACACGUCUUCCUCAACGCUAAACUCAAAUACGAAGUCCUUGACCUCCGCUAAAACCAACAACCCUCGUCACCAUGUUUUUUAUUUUUCCUUAAAAGAGUCUUUAACAUUUAUAAAAACACCUCAGAGAUCAGAUGUCUCGGCCGUACAUAUUAUAUAUGUGUAGUAUCUUCUUAAAACUUGGCUGAGAGCCUUCUUGUGUGACGAUGAUUGUGUUUUAUCUAAAACGAAUAUACCUGAACAUUCGUAUGUACCACUUCAUUUCACAUAUAGUCAAAUUUGCCAAAACUGUAA